AUGGACUUUUCACUUGAAAAUUGGGCACAUGUGAGAGGUUUUGAUUUUGAAAAUCUCACUGAGUUGGCAAUUUUGAAAGUUUUGAGAGACAUUGGAAUAUCCAAGUUCCUGAGGAAUCCUUCUUGUGACAGAAAUGGCACAUCUUAUCUGCCUGAAAUGAAUGGUUGGAAAAAAGAUUGUCCUAUAACAACAACACUUCCUAAUCUUAAUCCAGGAAUGACUUGUGUACUGCUGUCAUCCUGUACUACAGUCGACUGUUGUUUGGAUGUCGAUAUAAUAAAUCACUCAUUCAAUGUUAAAUUACAACUAGAUCCUUGUAAUGAAAAUCUCAAAGUUAGCAUUGAAGACUUUGCUAUUGCCAUCUCUCUUUAUGAUUUUGAAUGGGGAGUCAAACAGAAUCUGUAUAUGAAAAAUGUUGUCCGUAUUGACUAUUCUUUAUAUGAUCUGGAGAGUGAUGGUUCUUACUUAGUCAAUAUGAAUGUCAGCAUUUGUUUUGAAUCUUCCAAGCCUUGUUUGAUUGAUCAGAUUAUCUUCAAUAAAACUAAACUGACAAAAAAACCAUGCAAGUGGCAAUCAGGAUUUAAAAAUUCAAAAUGGUCGCAUAGAUCAUGUGGAUUCUGUUUAGUUGUCAGAGAUAAACCUCGUAAUUUAACUAAACAUCAGUUUGUUACCUUUGACGAGGUGUCCUUAGCUUGUCUCUUUAUCAAUAGAACUAAUGAUGCAUAA